AAGUGCGUAAGUGCUGUUGUGACUCUGGAGGCGCGCGGGCGCAGUCGGCGACCGCGCGGCCCCGCGAUCUCUCGUGCCUUGUAGUAGUUACGCUAGGCACCGUGCACAUGCUUUGAGUGAUGCUAUCUAAUUGGACCACUUAACUUUCAUUGGGGGCUCGUCCUCGCGUCCUGUGAUUCUUGCGUACACAGUCACGUGACAUGGCGAGAACAAUUCGACAGCUGUUUCUUCUGGUAACGUUGCUGGGGUGCCAAACUGAAUCAUCACCAUUUCCGCAACUUGCACUGAAGACCCUGGUGCUUGAAGAAUUGAUACCGUUCAAUCCAAACUUUUAUCCUGAAGGACUUUCAGUACAAUGGGUUUCAGAUAUAGAAUUUAUACGUAGAGAACCAGAAAUUGGGAUUGUGAAAUACAAUGCAGUGAAUCAUUCAUUCGUGACAGUUUUAAACAGGGAUGAGUUGAUACGCCUGUCUAAUUACUCGUUGGUAACAUUUUCGAACGAUGGAAAAUAUUUACUGUUAACAAGAAAUGUACAAAAGGUCUACAGAUAUUCUACCGUGGCGGAGUAUUUCGUUUACAAUACAGAUAACAAAUCUUUAAAAUCUAUCGGGAAUGGCCUUUUACAAGUAGUUGUUUGGAGCAACAAUGCUUCGUUGGCUUACGUACAAGACAACAACGUGUACUAUGUGCCAGAUGUUGCUCACCCCGAGUCGGUGGUCAUGCUUACCACCGAAGGUGUGCCGGGAGAAGUGUACUUUGGUGUCACAGACUGGAUUUAUGAAGAGGAGGUAUUCAACGCAGCAGAAGCUCUAUGGUUUUCACCAGACGGCACAUAUCUGGCAGUGGCAUCUUUUAAUGAUACAUACGUCGAGUCAGCGGUUUAUCCUUAUUACGGGAACUCAUCUGAUCCUAACAAUCAAUAUCCUGAAUUAGUUGAAUUCAAAUAUCCAAAGGCAGGUCGCGCCAAUCCGGUAGUUGGACUUUUUGUUUUCAAAUUAAAUGAUAUCAAUAGUAAAGCAAGAAGGAUUCCAGCACCUGUCGAUGUAGUUGGAGUAGAUCAUAUACUGGGCAGAGUGGACUGGGCAUCUGAUCAGAAUCUAGUCGUUCUUUGGUUAACCAGACGUCAAAGCGUUAGCAUAUUGGUAAACUGUGAUCUGAUACAAGACGAAUGUAGUUUGGUGAGAGAGCAAACAGAGCCAAAUGGCUGGAUUGAUAUACACCAACCGUUCUUCAACAAAAAUGGGACAAAGUUGAUUGAAAUUCAACAUCUUUAUGACGGCGAUGCCAGGUUUCCACAUGUGGGGCGUUUCGAUUUUAAGACAUUUACCACAGAAGAUUUAAGUAGUGGUAAUUCAACGGUGACAGAAAUUUUAGGUUGGAAUCAAGGAACAGAUACAAUAUACUACAUAGCUGCUCCAGGACAUAUGCCAUGGCUGAGACAAUUAUGGGCGACUGAAGCUGAUGGUAGCGUUCGAUGUAUUUCGUGUAAAGAAUCAGCUUGCCAAUCUGUAUCAGCAGCGUUUUCACCUGGUGCAAGCUUUGGUGUUGUAACUUGUAGUGCAACAAAUGUUCCACCAAAAAUAUUUUUCUACUCGUGUCAGGACGACACCUUCAAACUAGUCAAAGAUAAUUCAAAAUUGAAUAGAAAAUUAAGUGAAUACAAAUUGCCAAUGGCACUAUUUAAUAAAAUUUAUCUGGAAAAGGAACAUACUUUAGCAAAUAUUAAAUUAUCAUUACCUCCGGAUAUAAAGCAGGGCGAGCAAUAUCCGAUGAUAGUAAGGGUUUAUUCAGGACCUGGUACUACUAGAGUUAAAGAUAAUUUCGAUUUAGAAUAUUACUCAUUAUACUUAGCAGCAAAUAGAAGUUUUAUUGUGGCCGCGAUCGAUGUGAGAGGUUCCGGCGUUCUGGGCACGGAAGCAAUGCACGCUGUGAAUGACGCUCUUGGCACUGUCGAAAUUACCGACACUUUGGCAGCUAUUGAGGCACUGAUAGGGAUGUACCAAUUCAUAGACCCUAAACGGAUUGGAGUAUGGGGUUGGAGCUAUGGUGGAUAUGCAACAACUAUGAUGUUAAUAAAGGAUGAAAAGAAACUCAUCACGUGCGGCGCUGCCGUUGCACCAGUAACUUCAUGGCUCUAUUACGAUACAAUAUACACAGAGCGCUAUAUGGACACACCACAAAAUAAUCCCAUUGGGUAUCAUCAGUCUGAUUUAUUAGCCGCUGCUGAGAAGCUUCGGGGAAGAAAGUACCUACUGGUCCACGGAACUGGAGAUGACAAUGUACACUAUCAACACAGUUUACAAUUAGCUAAAAAGCUUCAGCAUGAUGAUAUCGAGUUCCAACAAGUUAGUUACACUGAUGAAAACCAUUCACUGAUGGGAGUGAGCAGACAUUUUUACCACACUCUGGACCGUUUUUGGACUGAAUGUUUUCAUUUAUAGUAAUUGAUGUUUAGAUAUUAUUAUAUAUGAAUCACUAUUUGUGUGUGUAUUGUGUAUGUAUGGACGAUUUAUGUGUAAAUAUGUUAGUGUUCAUUCAAAAUACAAAAUAAUUAUUUGUCACUACUCUUAUAAUAAAUUGUUGUUCUAAUUCAUAUCUAAAUUUUAGAAAAUGAUAUUUUAUAAACAUGAGUUUAGUUUAUUAAAGGCUGUAUCCCAUCUUCUAUACAAGCGGAGUCAAAUAUGAUUGUAAAACUGUUGAAAUAAUUACAAAAUAUUGUAUAAAUUUUUUAUAAUUUAUUUUUUUGCUAAAUUAAAUAAUUUCUGAAACUUAUAAUUAGCUAAUUAAAAACAGAAACUAAGAUAAAUAAAGGAAAUUUUUAAUUUAAAAUUUUA